GUAGUUGCGUUACCUAUAGUGCAAGCUGCUGCCUUGACAAGACAAGCCGAUCCCUCGAAGGUAGAUAUGGCUUCAGUGCGCCAAAUUGCGCGCCUACAUUGAGGUCGUACACCACGCACGUGGGGGCGCGCUCGCUCUCUCGAGCGUCUUACCUCUACUGGUUUUGACGUGUACGCGCCACUAAAGCAGUAACCCGUAGCAAUCUUAAGGACGUCAACAAGACGAAACGUGCCCGGACAAAACUAGCCUCGUCGCGACUUAAGUACCUUACUUCUGGAACAACGUAGCGUCGAAGUAAAUUCCAGAUGUCUUGAUAGCGUCUCAGCCGUAAAGUGGAACAAGGGUUCCUGGCCGGGCGACGCUCCUUGCGCCACAGGAGGAGAGGAGCCAGCGCGGGACCCAGCCACAGCUUAACCUGGUCUAGAAACUCGUGAAAAGUGGGGCAAUACGCUCAGUCAGAGGCUGAUAUGCGUGGGGGUCUGCAGCCCAUCGCGGAGCACGCUGCGUACCGAAUGGAGUCCGCCGAGCCGCCGACGACUAUACCAUCACCAUUUUCAUGUCAUUCUACUGCAUCGCGGGUUGUGAAGGGCGAGGACGUCCUUUACAUACAUCCGCUUGCAAUCGCGACUCAGCCUCCCAGCAUGCUCUACAUGGUGUGCGACGGACAUAGCGGCUCAGAAGCGGCCAACUACGUGGCGGCAAACUUCGUUCGGAUACUCAACUCGUUCCUUCCACCGAAGCCUCCAAACAUGGCCAGUCCGAAGGAGGUGGAAAUGUUCUCGGAGGUCGUACGGCAAGCAAUCGUGGAGACGUUCGUGCGGCUAGACAACGACUGGAUUUCGGUCGGGCACAUGUCGGGCACCACCGUCACCGCCACCAUCGUCAUCGGCUACCUGCUCACAGUCGCCAACAUCGGCGACUCCUCGGCCGUGCUGGACACCGGCUGCUCCAUCCUGGAGCUCACCGGCAGCCACCGCAUCCAGUCCAACCCGGAGGAGCAGGCGCGGUUACGCGGCGCCGGCUGCACCCUGGCCCCGCUGGGCUUCCACCUGCAGGGCCCGGCGCGGCAGGGCGAGCUGGGCGUGGGGCCGCUGCGGCUGUGGCCGGGCGGGCUGUGCGUGUCGCGCUCAGUGGGCGACCUGGACGCCGGGCCUGAGGUGAUGCCGCUGCCGCACAUCCGCCAGGUGCUGCUGCCCAGCAACGGCGCGCGCAUCAUCGUGUGCAGCGACGGGGUGUGGGACCUCAUGAGCCUCAGCAAGGCUGUGAAGCUCUGUCGCUUCAAACCCGCCUCGGCCGCCACCGCAGCACUCAUGGGCGCGGUCUCACGCGACCUCCGAUUGCUGGACGACGCCAGCAUCAUCGUGGUGGACCUGCUGCCAACCGACGGCACGUCCUGGCCCACCGUGGCGCUCCAGGCCAACCCCAAGCCCGAGAAGAGCGGCGGCCUGUUCGCCUGCUUCCGACCCGAGCUGGACGAGCCAGACAGCCGCGACGUGCACAGCUCGGGGCCCGGGCACCUGGCCUUCCUGGCGGACCUGGACUCGCUGCGCGUGUACCCGCAGAUGCGCGCCGCGCUGCAGCGCACGCACAUCCAGCACUUGGCCACGGUACUCAGCAACGCGGUGGGCGGCAAGCCCGGCAUUGAUUACACCAUGCACGGAGCCAACAAGGUGUCCUUGUACCGCGGCUACACGGAGAACGGCAUGCCGCGCACCAACUCCUCCACCGCCGUGGCUGACGUGGCCAGUGACGGCGCCAACCACUCCAACCACUCGGCCCACUCCGCGGGUGCGUUGUUCAGCGAUUCGCAGGGCGGCAGCAAGGGCGGCAGCUCCGCCGUGCUGCCGUACUCGUCAUCGGCGGGGCACGGAGACGUUGACAGUCCGGUCGCGGCGUUCAACAGCGUGCCGGACCGGCCGGGCUCGGGACUGGCGAUGGCCUGACGGGACCCGCCGCGUCCGGCGUGGGGCUGGGGCAGCAGCAGCAAGGGCAAGGUUGCACCCGGCUAGGCACAGGCGGCAGCAGCACCAGCAGCACCAGCACCAGCAGCAGCAGUGGCUGGAUUGCCGCAGAAUGGCUGUUGAUGGCUGCUGGCACGCAUGCGCCUUGGCAUGGGGGCAACCGGCCCGCGUGUGCGUGUGUGUGUCGUUGGCAUGGGCACGCGGCGCGGCAAUCGCAUGGCCGUGGCCACGGCACCGCGCAGGGUGGCGGGCAUAGCACUGCACAGCACAACACGGGUGGGCGCGGCGGGGAUGGACGCGUGGGGCAUGGCGGGCGCGUGCUGCGACGCAGCACGACGCAGCCUUUGUUUUGGGGGGACAUUUGUGUCUGGCACACCAUUACAUCAUGUUUGUAUAGCGCGUGCAAGUGCGUAUGCCUCUGGUUGAGGGCUGUUGACAGAACGGCACUGGGCGAGCGCCCAUAAUGCGUGAGGGUGCCGCAAGGCGCCGAGACUCGCGUGCCGGUCGUGCCAAUGCGGCGACGCGUUGUGUCCUAAUUUGCAGGUGCCGUUUGUGUGUGCUGUGUUUGCAUGGGUUCUAAGGGACAAAACCCGGUGUGCGUGUGUGUAUAAUACGGACCGAGUGCGUGGGGGCCGCAAGCGCCACAGCGGCAUGCGAGCUGCGCCCUGCGCCCUUCGGGUUGCUGCAUGUGCUAUUUGACGUACGACGACAAGCCGCAGCCGUCCUUUGUCUUUGUUAAGUUGCUGGCUGCAUGUGCAUUUGUGUCUUUUGGCAGGGACGCAAGUGCUGUCGGAGACGUCUUCACCUCACGGCAUCAUGCUAAGCGAGGCGUAAGCGGGGGCCUUGCGGCGGGGGGCUUGGGCGUCGGCACCUCCCGGUUGCAGCUUGCACUCGUCCGUGUGGAGGGCGGUGGAGCUUAUGGAGGGGCUGACUGGGGUCGGGGGAAUAGCAGCCGCCAUGUCUCAUUUCGCGGGCGAGUACCCGUGUCCAAACGCAUAUACAUGCACGCUUGGGGGGGCGCCUGGUUCUCCCGUGUGCAUGUAUGGAUUUUGCAGCCGCUUCGCCAGGUUCAAAAGACUGGAUCUAUUGAGGUAUGAGGGGACACAGCAUUGGACAUUUUAGGAAGCGGUCUAUUGGUAGUUUGAUAAAUGCCGCGCGCCAGGGCAGCUUUAUGGAAGGCACCACAAGGGGCAAUCUCGCACGGAUUGCGGCGUUCGAGCUGUGGCCCUGGCCGAGUGUCAGAUGUUUCCAGGCUGUGCGCAAUACUUGAGCCGUGUGGUUCGCAUGUCUGUGCCCGUGUGUAGCGUUAGACUAAAUUAUGAUAUUGCAAAGGCAGGACCCUGCACAUUGGAGUUGGGGGCGCAGAUUCUUGAAGUGUAUUCCAUGUUGGGAAUGCGGGCCGGCAUCGUGCCGCGGUAUCUACCGGCCAGGAUGGUGUUUUGCGCGGCAUGACGGCUGGCGGAGGAGCUUACACAGAGGCUCGCGCAGAAUGCCGGGGGAUGGGCGGCAAAAUCAUCUGGGGCGGGCGCUGUGAGCCACUGGUGUUGAGUCGACAGAGUGCUGAAUGCAGCGCGUCGUGUGUCAGGCCGACACGAGGGAGCCGAUCACACGUUUGGCAAUGAAUGCUGGACUGCGCAUGAAUGCACAAUUUUUGCGACGCGGCUUCAAACGUUCAACGGCAAGUAGCACAUGCAUAGAUACCAUGCGAGUGCCUGGCUGGGCGAAGACCAGGGCCAGGGACCGACAACGAUGUGGAGGGCGGGGGCUAUCGUGUGAUGAGCGAUACCGCUGUGGUGCCAGCAUGGACGGUGAUACCAACAAUCGCGAUGCCGGGGGCAUAGUUGUGGUGGCCUUGGCUUGCAAGCAUUCCAGGCGAGGGCUUGCAAGGAGCGCCUGCCUCAAGUGCACGUGUCUGCGACGCGACACUCGACGGCGCAGCGCUGUUUGGAUGGGACGCCGAGCUAGGGCCAGGGAGUGGGAGGUAGGGGAAGACACGGGACACCGUACGGACGCUGAACGUAGAAGGCACGCAAUCCUACACACGGAGCCCACUCCCUGCAAGUAGCGCUACCGAACUGAGGCGUCGCCCUGCAAUAAAUCGUCGGACCAGCGCACCCGCUAGGCGAGGGAGACUGAAGGAACAUUGAGGCUGCACGCUCGAGUGGAACGAGUUUGAUGGUAAUACCGCGUGUUGGAUGGCGGCAAGCCCGUGGGCCGUGGCUGCAUUCUUUUGCACACCACCACAUUUGUCUCGCUUCACUUCAUUUGCGAUUGUCUGUGCCGCAGCGGACGCCAUGGCUUUGUGUAGUGUGGUGUUGUGUCUUGUCCCGUCAUGUUGUGUAGUGUUGUGUUGCGCGCGCUAGGUUGUGGCGGGGGUAUGCAAGCAAGUAUUUGGCUCCGGAGCCAUUACCGCAGUGCGAGGUGUCACCGAGGGACUGAGGCAUGCGGCACGCAGGGGAUGACUGGAUGAGUGAUCGGUUGCUCAAGUGCACGAGGGGUGGCGGUGUGGGCGUGUGGGGAAGGUGGCAGCGUGUGUGGGCUGUAUGUGGGGUCGGGGGCGCCCGAAUCCAACAAGGGAGGGGGCAGACUUGCUAUGCCAACAAGGUAAGGACUGAGUGCCUUGCGAGUACCUGGCGAGUACCUGGCGAGCGAAACCGGUGUAAUUCAUGUUCAGG